AAAGCCGAAGAUCAGCAAGAUAACGAUGUACAUAUUCAACUAAUUUAUUACUUAUCCCAGGAUUCUUCCGCAGGCACUUUUCUUUAUUGGCGGCUUGGCAGCCAACAGUGUAAGACAAAUCCACCCACUAUGGUUUUCAGCCCAUGGUUUCUGCCCAACUGCUAAUCAAUCCAAUUAUGAAUUUGCUUCUGCUUUUGCUUCUGCUUCUUGCUUGCCUUUCCACUUCGCCGAAAAGCCGCUUCUGCACCACCUCUAGCACCACUAUAUAUAUUGUACAUGCAUCAACAAAAUAGAACUAAUAAAUAUAUAUAUCUAUACUAGUAGUCAAAACAAGAGGUAAAAUUACGAAGAUUCUUGAAGAUGGCUCUAUCUGAGGGAUGCGGCAAAUCGGAGUCGAGAGGAUUCACCGUAGAGCAGGAAGCGCUCGUGGUGGAAUCAUGGAAGGUGAUGAAGAAGAACGCUGCGGAGUUAGGAUUGAAGUUCUUCUUGAAGAUCUUCGAAAUUGCACCGUCGGCCAGCCAGCUCUUCCCCUAUCUUCGCGACUCCAACGUGCCGCUCGAUAAGAACCCCAAGCUCAAGGCCCAUGCUAUGUCGGUUUUUGUUAUGACGUGCGAAUCAGCAGCGCAACUCCGUAAAGCAGGGAAGGUGACGGUGAGAGAGACGACGCUGAAGAAGCUCGGCACCAUGCACUACAAGUCGGGUGUCGUCGACGGACACUUUGAGGUGACGCGGUUCGCACUGUUGGAGGUGAUAAAGGAGGCAGUGCCGGAAAUGUGGAGCCCGGAAAUGAAGAAUGCAUGGGGAGAAGCUUACGACCAGCUUGUUGCAGCUAUCAAGCAGGAGAUGAAGCCCCUUCCUUGAUCUGACGCAUAAUAUAUUGAUCCCCUUUUCUGAACUUAUACACAUUAUUAAGCUUUGAGUGAAAUUUAAUUUCAAUGGUAAUGAAAGCACAGAAAGGUUUAAAACUUUAAAUAAAGAAAUGUGUGUACGUGGUUUUGUUAGUUUCCUUGACGAUCUGACAAGUGCUGUGGUUUCAAUAAAUAGACCUUCCCAGUCAUGAUGUAAUAUUAUAUUAUAUUUCCCCUCCUCUUUUUUUUAUAGCAAAACAUGUGUAAUGUUUUGUGCCUUGCCUUUUCAAAUUACUUCAGUUUCAUACUUUCAUUA